AUGUCCUCUGCCUGCAGCUUAAACCUCAGCCUCAGCCUCAGCCUCAUAAAACCUCACACAUCUUCAUGGACUUCAAUCUCAUCACCAUCUUCGUCAUCUUCAUCAUUCUCGUCACCUCUCUCUGAAUCAAACCACACUUCAAUCUCCACCCGAAAAGCCCGGGCCCGCCGUAAAAGGCCCAAUCAGGCCUACAACGAAGCCGCCUCAAUCCUUUCAACCGCCUAUCCCAAGCUUUUCGCGGCCAAACACCUCCCAACAGGGCCCGAAUUCAGCAAACUGCAGGGCCAGUUUCUGUUCGAGCCCUCGGCCCUGCUCACGCCGCCUCCCAAGUCGCUCCAGAGCUCUAAUUUUCGCACCGGGUCGAGAAAUUGGAACUCAAUCGAGGAUCCGCGGCGGAGAGCGGCGGAUUUGGGCGGUUACUCUGAAGAACUGUGCGGCGGAGAUGAGGAGAGUUUCAGCGCGCGGUCGAUUUUGGAUGAGGAGAUUGAUGAGGGGAUUGAUUGCGUCAUGGGGAAAUUGAGCAUGGAAAGCCUGAAAAUCGAGGAUACGAAAUCGAAAUCGGGUUGUUGCUACGGUUAUCCGAUGGGAUUAGGGUUCGAUUUCGAAUCGAGGGCGAUGAGGAACGCGGACGGCGGCGGAGGGGACGAGUGGUGGAGGUUCGCCGCCGUGGAUCUAGCCGAUUUGACUCCGAAGGUUUCUGAGGUCCCGGUGGGGAAGAAGGCGACGGCGAGGAGGAAGAAAUUGGGGUCGGGCAAUGGAAAUGAGGUUAAAUCGGGCCGUAUGGGUUCGGGUGCAGAGGAAUUUGGCCAAGCGGGUGGCGAGCUUCGCCUGAAACUUAAUUACGACGGCGUAUUGAAGGCGUGGUCAGAGAGGGGCUCGCCGUUCUGCGGAGAUAGGCCGGCGGCGAGGCUCGCCGGACGUGAUGUCCAAACAGAUUUGUUCCCGUUGCCGGACGAUGGUGUAGGGAGUAAUGCUACUCUGCAACCCGACCACGAAAAGCGGCCUGGUCAUCUCUUGCCUAAGAAAAUAAGAUGUCGAGUAAAGAAAGUCAACACAAAUCAACGGCCAAGAUUCAAGGGAAGAUUUUGUGAGAGCACCAAAUCCAAUUUUCUUUUUUAG